AUGAGACUUACCGUUCGUCUGCUUUCCUCUGUAGUGCAAAAACGGCCUUUCUAUGUUACUACGCCUAUAUUUUACGUAAAUGCCGCACCACAUCUCGGACACCUUUACUCAGCGUUGGUAGCAGAUGCAGUUCAGCGAUUUGAGAAACUCACAAAUCCUGACUGCAGUGUUAUAUUCAGUACUGGUACAGAUGAGCAUGGAACAAAGAUACAGCAGGCAGCAGCCAAAGCGAAUCUCUCCCUCCCAGAGUACUGUACCAAACUAUCUCAGGAGUAUAGGGAUCUGUUUAGAGAUUUUGAUAUUGGGUAUACAGAUUUUAUACGAACCACUGAGGAAAAGCAUAAGAAGGCAGUCAGACAUUUUUGGCGGAAGCUGGUAAAACGCGAUUACAUAUACAAGGCGAAGUAUUCCGGUUGGUACAGUGUCAAUGAUGAAGCGUUCGUGCCCGAAACACACCUGAAAGAGGAUAUCUUGGAUGGUCAGAGGGUAAAAGUGUCAAUUGAGUCUGGUCAUCGAGUGGAGUGGACCGAGGAGACUAAUUACAUGUUCAGACUGAGCGCCUUCAAAACGCACCUGCAGUCGUGGUUAAAGACAGAUGGAGUAAUAACGCCAAACAAAUUCCAGAAGCAACUACAAGACUUCUUAGAAAAUGAACCCUACUUCCCAGACAUAUCGGUCAGCAGACCCUCCACGAGGGUGCACUGGGCCAUAAGGGUCCCAGAUGAUGAAGAACAGAGUAUAUACGUAUGGUUGGAUGCACUGAUCAACUAUUUAUCUGUGAUCGGCUACCCAGAUGAUGAUGCAAUGAAGGACCGGGGUCGACCCUGGCCUGCAGAUGUCCAAGUUGUUGGGAAGGAUAUACUUAAAUUCCAUGGUAUUUAUUGGCCUGCAUUCCUAAUGGCAAUAGGCUGGCACCCUCCGAGGAAGUUAAUAUGCCACGGGCAUUGGACGGUGGAUGGUAGCAAGAUGUCGAAGUCUCUUAACAACGUGGUCCGUCCCAGGGAAGUACCGACUUCGCCAGUUGCGCUUCGCUACGUUCUACUUCGUGAAGCAACAAUGGCCGCUGAUGCUAAUUACAGCGAAACAAAACUAGUCAACAUAGCAAACUCUGAGCUGGCAGACACACUGGGAAACCUGGCCAGCAGAUGUUGCGGAACAUCCCUUAACCCUCGAGCGGAGUUCCCUACACUACACACACAAGAAAUGGCCAUUUGCAGGCAGUCUGAUGUCACCGCCACCCUCCUGGACCAAGUGGAAAGACUGCCUGAAAUCUGUCAUAACCACUACAGCAGUUACCAAUUCUACAAAGCGGCAGACUCUGUUAUCCAUGUCUUACAUUUGGCCAACUUGUUCUUUGAAACCCACAAGCCCUGGGAACUAAAAAAGAGGCCCGAAUGCCAGAAAGAACUCGACGUCAUCCUCCACAUUACACUAGAAACGUUAAGGAUAUGUGGAAUUAUAUUGCAACCGUUGAUCCCUGAACUGGCAACACAGCUGUUAAAUAAAUUACAAAUACCGGAAGACUGUCGAAGCUGGCAACACUGCGAAAAACCUUCGUGGCAGUUAGAAGGCGCAAUUUAUGAAACAAAGAACAUACAACCAGGCAAAUUUGUUUUGUUCCAAAGGAUUUAUAUGGACAAGAAAAAUAUACAUAAAAAGAAAGCUAGUGCUUAG